CUGCACAGGCAGCUCGCCUUCACCACGUCUUCCUCAAAGAAGAGAAAGCUCUCCCGCAACCAGUCCCGCGACGACGAAGUCCAUAGUACUUCUUCCCCCGCCGACCUCGUCCUCCCGUCGUGCGAACCCAACGACGACCCGGCCUUUUCCUUCUCCGCUGCAUCCACCGACGGCCAGUCGACGCCCACCUACCUUCGCGGCGACUCUGUUCCAGCCUCCAGCUUGCCUGCGCGUUUGCAGACCGGCUCCCUCGUCUCCGCCGACUACGCAUCGAGCACCGCCUCCUCGCCUUGCGGCGUCGCCGACCUUUCUCUCGACGGAGGGGACAUUUCCGGUCCCGAGACUGGCACUGCGCUGACCUCGGAUUCAGCCAGAAGCCGGUCUCCCUUCAACGUCUCCCGCAGGGCAAUCAUGACCAGUGAUGCCAACCCUCAUCAACGUUCUUCCUCGCCCUUGAAACGACGUGCCUCCAGCAUGGAUCCCGACGCCGAUGUCAGUAUGAAGGAAGAUGUCGAGAUGACGUCCGCCCAGCAAACCGAGGAUGCCGAGACUGCUCCGUCUACCACCAAGGCGCACUUGCCUCGCGCUAUGAGCGUCGACUUGCCCGAGCCUGGAGCAUCGAAAGACAAGGACCUGCCUCCGCUGCAAGAACAAAUCAAGACGAUCCAAACUCUACUCAAGGCGUUUAACGACGAUCCUCCGAAAGUCGGCCACCUCGCGUACAUCGUAUCGAGAUCAUGGGUCGAAAAGGCGUUGGCACUCGGUGGAGAUCCCAAAUUCACGAAGAAGGACUUGUCAGACGAGCCCUUGGGACCCGUGGAUAAUUCGGACUUGAUUCACGAGGUUCUCGUACAGCCCAAUGGCGAAGAAUUUGUACGGAUGAAGCCCGGCACCAGUCAGGAGGAGUGUGAGCUCUUCCCGGAGGACGCGUGGACACUCGUGUCUGAAUGGUACGGCGUUAAGGAUGAUCAGAAGCCCAUCAUCCGUCAAGCUAUCAACACGGCACCCGACUCGGCCAGUCCUCCCAACAUCGUCUUCGAGCUCAACCCUCCUGUCUUCACCGUCCACAGAUUGUGGUCGCUGGCAAGCCCCAUUCAGAUUGAUGAAGAGCUCAAGAACAAGAAUCCUCCUCCGCUCGUCUUGGCUCGAAGCGCCGCCACCCCGUAUAAUGCUUUCUACAAGGAGUUGAAGGAGCUCACGGGUGUUUCGCUCGACCGCAAGAUCCGCGUGUGGCAGAUUACCCAGAAGCCAGUUGCGCCAGCUGCACCAGCUGCAUCGCCGCCAUCCGCGCUUACGCCGCCUGACUCUCCCAAUCCGGACAAGGACGUUGAGUCCUCAAGUGACCCUUGGCAGCAUCUGCUUGUGGAUGUGCCGAACUUCACCAAGAUCGACCGCGACGACCGCAUCGAGGUCCCUGCCGUGGACCACACCACAAACCCAAACUACAAUGGCAAAGCCCCCGUGUCUCUUUACAGUCUUACUCAGGACAUGAGCCUUGUCAUCGACGAAGAAAUUUCCAGCAAAAAGUGGGUUUCCACCUUCUUCAAAGGCGACAAGAUCAUUCCCUCGCGAGGUAGCGCAUCCAGCCUGGCCACUCAAGGCAAGAGCACUAGCGGACGGAAUAGCCCUGCUCCUGGAGUGAUGACUCGAGGAAGAACGCAAAAGAAGAAGCCCGGAAGGGGUCUGGGCGCUGUUGGUCUGCAGAACUUGGGAAACACCUGUUACAUGAAUUCGGCUCUUCAGUGCGUUCGCAGCGUGGAAGAGUUGACCAAGUACUUCUUGACCAACGAGUACGAGAAGGAGAUCAAUAAGGCCAACGCCCUCGGCUAUAAGGGACAGGUGGCGAUGGCAUACGGCAACCUGCUGAAGGAGAUCUACGCUGAAUCUAGAGGCGCGGUCAGUCCCCGUGAUUUCAAGAACACCGUCGGCCGUGCCCGCAGCACGUUCCAGGGCUGGGGCCAGCAAGAUACGCAAGAAUUCCUGGGUUUCCUGCUCGACGCCCUGCAGGAAGACUUGAGUCGCAUCAAGAAGAAGCCGUACAUAGAAAAGCCGGAUUCCACCGAUGAGAUGAUCGGUGACGAAGAGGCCAUUCGCAAGAUGGCUGAAGAGGUCUGGGACAUCACCCGAAAGCGUGACGACUCAGUCGUCGCGGAUCUCUUCACUGGUCUCUACAAGUCGACUUUGAAGUGUCCCGUCUGCGACAAGAUCAGCAUUACGUUCGAUCCCUUCAACAAUCUGACAUUGCCGCUCCCGGUAGAGGACAUGUGGAGCAAGACUGUCAAGUUCUUGCCGCUGAACGAUGCGCCUGUUCAGAUUGAAGUGGAGCUUUCGAAGCACAGCGCCAUUGAACAGCUGAAAAUGGCCAUCUCAGAGAAGACAGGCGUGCCUGCCGACCGCUUAUUGGGAGCUGAAGAAUUCAAGGGCAAGUUUUUCAAGGUCUACGACGACAGUAACGACGUGUCGGACGAGAUUCAGUCCAACGAUGUUCCCACCUUCCAUGAGCUUGAGGCGGCACCGACAAACUUCCCUCCCAAGCAAAGAGCGGUCAGGUCAAUGCUCGAUAUCAGCGAGGAGCCUUAUGUUGAUCCCCUUACGGAACGCAUGGUAGUUACCGUCAUCCAUCGCAAGAAGGGUGGUAGCUCGUACCGAUUCAGAGACGAAGUGGUCUCUCCCCCUCACUUCAUUGUCCUCACCCGCGACGAAGCCCGUGAUGAGGACGCAAUCCGCCGCAAGAUCCUGGAAAAAGUCGCAACGUUUUCCAACUGGUCCGAAUUCUUGGACACCGACGACAGCACUGACGCUGACAUGGUCAUCACAUCCCAGUCAGACGCUGAUUCAUCGGGAGACAGCGAACAACAGCCCAACGGCAAGCCGGUUCUCAAGCGAUUCAGCACCAACCGUCCCAAAUGGAUCAACACGAAGACCUACCUUGCACCCCAACUCCAAAAUCUGUUUGAGCUGAGCUACUUUCCCGAGAACGGAGACUCGCCGCUACCGACAGGUUGGAACUCGGUGGAUGAUAACAAGAGCUUCCGCCCGCUGUCUUCCAGAGUCCUCGAGACCGCUACCGAGCAGGACUCUAACAGUCCCGGCUCCACAAACGGCGCGGACAGUGAGCGUGAGAGUGUUAGCGAGGAGCAAUCUCCCAAAUCGGUCGAGGAGCAGACUCGAAUGGCAGAUGAGUCCGAAGAGGAUGAACCUGUGCGGGUUCCUUCAAAGGUAUGCAAAAAUCACAAUGACAUCAAGCUUGCAUGGAUUAGACAAGAGCCUGACAUGAAGCAGCCCGGUCGAGGCAGAGGCAACCACAAGGUAGGCGGAUCUCGCCGCAAGUUCAACAAGGGCAAUAAAACGUACGGCAAGAAGGGCAACAAGCGUCGCAACAAGGAACUGCGGAACAGCAAGGAACAGUCUUUCCAAGUUGUUGAUGUCGCGCCCCAGCCGUCGCCUUUGGAUGACGUUCCCGGUGGUCCACUUGUCCGUCUCGGCGAAGGCAUCGUCGUCGAUUGGUCGGAGGACUCAUGGGACAUGGUCUUUGGCAAGGACUCCAGUGACGAUGAGGACAACCGCGGCCAGAAGACCUUCGUCGAACUGGAGCAGCUCAGAGACCCUGCCCUUGAGCAGAAGCGGAAGACGCGGAUGGCUCGCAAGAAGCAGGGCAUCACCCUCGACGAGUGCCUGGACGAAUUCGAAAAGGCAGAGGUGUUGUCUGAACAAGACAUGUGGUACUGCCCUCGUUGCAAAGAGCACCGUCGAGCAAGCAAGAAAUUCGACCUGUGGAAGACGCCAGAUAUCCUUAUUGUCCACCUGAAGAGAUUCAGUAGCGCUGGUUGGCGCCGUGACAAGCUCGACGUCCUGGUCGACUUUCCCAUCGAAGGGCUUGACCUGCACAAGCGCGUCCUCUGCCAAGAGACCGGCAAGGAAGAGAUCUACGAUCUCAUCGCUGUUGAUGACCACUUCGGUGGCCUUGGUGGUGGCCAUUACACCGCCUAUGGACGCAACUUUGUCGACGGGCAGUGGUACAAUUACAAUGACACCUCGGUCAGCAAGAUCUCGCCAGAGAGUGUUAUUACCCGAGCUGCUUACCUGCUCUUCUACCGCCGUCGCUCAGACGGUCCCUUGGGCGGUCCCCGCUUCAAGGAGAUCUUUGACAAGUUCGACAAGGGCGGAGAAGACGACGAGGAGGAAGACACCGACUCGGGGGAAGAUCAGCGUCUCGUCGGGGGCUCCUCCCUAACUGGAUCGUCGAGACUUGGGACCGGAGCCGAAGCAACUCUCCCGCGCGGAAAUCGUGGUUUGGGUAGUAGCACAAUGUCCACGGCAAACCGCGGAGAUGAGGAGCUUCCGCCUUACGAUGGCAGUUCGAGCACGAACGUUGGCAGUGAGAAUAUCCAGAACAGCAUCGAAGACGAAGGCCUCAGUAUGACUGACAACAACGCUGGAUCGAACGGAUUUCAGGUAGCACAGACAUGGAACUGGAACUCUCUAAGCUCCAAUGAACCAGCAAACUCCCUCGGAAUGGAGGGCUACGCCAGCGACGAUGCUCAGCCGGACUCGUCAGAUGACAGAGACCACGACACAGACAUGUUGGAUGAAGGCCUCGGAGGCUUCGAUGAUGUGAACCAAGAGGAGGCCCCGCCGCCACCGGACUUCAGCGCUCAGAUCAACCUCUCUGAGAUCCAGAAUGCCGCAUGGGAGCGGAAGAACAAGGACAAGGUCAUAUCUGUCCCAGCACUUGAAGGCUCUGUCGCCUCAGCAGAAGCAGCAGAGAUUCACCUUGACGACGAAACGGACCAACGCCCUGCUCGGUCGUAG